CCCACUAUCCGCAAGUGCCGAUCAUCACGAACUCCCUGAGCAGCACUGCGCAAGCGUGGAACAGCAAAGCAGAGCGAGAGAGAGAGUAACAGGCAUUCGGGGCGAAAACAACAACAACAAUACAGUCACGGUGUGCGAGCGACUGGAAUGAAUGAGCGAUUAGCGAGAUCCGGACGAUAGUCGCCCCCCGAUCUCAGCCAGGAUUCACACCUACGCUUGGUCUGUCAAUGCGGUGGAGCCCAUGAACCUGGCGAGUCAGAGCGGGGAGGCCGGCUCCUGCCAGCUCCUCUUCGCCAACUUCAACCAGGACAACACGUCCUUGGCUGUUGGCACUAAGUCUGGCUAUAAGUUUUUCUCUUUAUCAUCUGUGGAUAAACUGGAACAGAUAUAUGAAUGCUUGGACACCGAAGAUGUGUGCAUUGUGGAAAGGCUGUUCUCCAGCAGUCUUGUUGCAAUUGUUAGCCUUAAAGCUCCCCGGAAACUGAAAGUGUGUCACUUCAAAAAAGGGACUGAAAUUUGCAACUACAGUUAUUCCAAUACUAUCCUUGCUGUGAAGCUUAACAGACAAAGGUUAAUAGUAUGCCUGGAGGAAUCGCUGUACAUCCACAACAUUCGGGACAUGAAAGUUCUACACACUAUUCGUGAGACCCCUCCAAAUCCCUCAGGUCUAUGUUCUUUAUCAAUUAACAAUGAUAACUGUUACUUGGCAUACCCUGGGAGUGCAACAAUAGGAGAGGUGCAGGUCUUUGAUACAAUCAAUUUGCGAGCUGCUAAUAUGAUCCCAGCUCAUGAUAGCCCUCUUGCAGCUCUAGCAUUUGAUGGAAGUGGGACCAAACUAGCUACAGCUUCUGAAAAGGGGACUGUAAUCAGAGUUUUCUCAAUUCCAGAAGGGCAGAAGUUGUUUGAGUUCAGACGAGGUGUAAAAAGGUGUGUGAGCAUUUGCUCUCUUGCAUUUAGUGUAGAAGGAUUGUUUCUGUCUGCUUCCAGCAACACUGAAACUGUUCAUAUAUUUAAGCUGGAGACACAAAAGGAAAAGCCUCAAGAGGAGCCAACAACUUGGACUGGUUAUUUUGGGAAGGUACUGAUGGCUUCCACAAGUUACUUGCCAGCCCAGGUCACAGAGAUGUUCAAUCAGGGUAGGGCCUUUGCAACUGUAAGACUUCCCUUCUCUGGGCACAAGAAUAUCUGUGCACUAGCUACAAUUCAGAAAAUUCCUCGACUAUUGGUGGCGGCAGCUGAUGGAUACCUGUAUAUGUAUAAUUUGGACCCACAGGAAGGGGGAGAGUGUACAUUAAUGAAGCAGCACAAGUUAGAUGGCAGUGUGGAGCCAGCCAAUGAAAUUCUUGAGCCAACGAUGCAUGACCGCCCACUUGUUGCACAAACAUAUACAUCAAAUUCUUCAAAAGGAUAUUCCGAGGAUCAAGGAGCAGUUGGUGGGGCUGGUAUGGAAGAUGACAUGAGUGCCCUGAGGCUAGAUGACGAAAAUGAACAUCCUCCAAUGAUUCUUCAGACUGAAUGACUUUGGAGAUGCGUACAUUUGAUCUUUUGGAAGGAACGGAGAGCCACUGUGACAUUUAGACUCUCUGUUGUGUGGUGCUGCUAUAAACUUGUAAAGAAGUAAAAGAGAUUAAAGUAGGGAAAUUUUUAAACACAAAAUCUAACUGUAGCAUACUUUUUGUAUAGCUAAAUAUCUGCUUUUUUUGUUCAUUAUUUUACAUUUUCUCCGGUGGCUUUUAAAUCUUAAAAGUUCUGUGCUAGUGGCACAUUUUUUCUGUUGCCAAACUAAAAAAAAAUAUGAAGCUGCCAGUUAUGGCUGUUUGCUCUGUUUGGUUUUGAUGCAUGUUUGUGCCAAUAAGCGUACAGACGGUGUCCUCAUUUGCAUUCACUUUCAUCAUUUUAAGGUGUGUGGUGGACAUAUCCACAGUGUUCACUCUGAAGUAAUGGACUGAUUUUGCAUAACCACUAAACCAAGUGAAUGCAGUCAGUGAAGGAGUGCAAAAAAUUUUUAAGAUAUCUAAAGCUUGCAAUGGCUUAAAUGUGCCUGUGCUGUGAGGUCUAAUCUUCACCCUUAUAAAGGCCAAAUAUACAGCCUUGCUCGUUCAGUAAAUCUUCUAGUGGUACUUAUUACUAGAAAGACAUUUUGUGGUUUUAAUUCAUCUUGUGAGAAGAAUCUAUUUCCAGUACUCUGUAUAUGCAAACCUCUUUCUAUUUUGUGACUUCUCUGCUUUAUAUGAACUCUGUGGGCAAAACCCCAAAGAUUAUCCGAAGUAUAAGCAAAAAUGUCAUUACAGAACCUCAUUAAUCAGGUCACUUUCACACCCUUCAGAUGAAUUUCGGCUAAUAGCCCGCCCCCCCCACUCAUCAUGUUUAGUCGACAUUUGUUCAGGCAUUGAGUAAAAUCAAAUGAGCAAGCCAAGUUCAGAGAACUGCGGCAAUUUAUUGGAAAUGAACAUGUCAGUUAAUAAAUAAAACAUUGGAACAUUUUGAAAUUCUUAAUUUUUUAUUUUCAUAUUUAAUUUGUUUACAUCUUAAAAGAACACUUCUGUUUUAGUGCCCAUCUAAAUAUGUAAUUAAGGUCUUUUUUUUGGGGGUGGGGGUGUAUUUGAGUAAUAUCUGGAACAGCAAUAUCAGGGGCUCUUAAACAACAGAAUGAUAUUUUUCCUUGUCAUCCUCUCACUUGUAAUGUAUGGAAACUUUGCUGUCAGUUGAUAAUUUUACAGAUAUGGAAUUGCAAAUAGUGCACUUACAAACAGACUUAGCUUAUUAUACAUGCUAAAUGUUUUUGUAGUUUACAUUCGUGUCUUUCACAUGAACAUUUACUGACACCAACUUAACCAUUAUUUAAAGAAAGGGACAAAUAUCACCAGGGUUAUUUUUUAUUAUACAAUUUGAUAUUGUUUUUGCUAAAAAUUAUUUACUCAUGUUAUAUAUUUGUGUUACAAAUUAUGACAAAUGACCUUGUUUUUCUAAAAAUAUGGAAGCCAGUUCGAUCUAAUUUUUUUUACGCAGUGUACAGCUUAAUUUAAAUGUUCUGAACCCAUUCUGAAGGCAUGUACUUAACUUUAACCACAAAUGUGGACAAUUUUUUGAAAUAUUGUUUAAUGUGAUGCUUGCAUGUGCCUUUCUACUGGAAAGAGCCAGGGCUGCAGGCUAUUGAUAUAACAGAAACCUUUGUGAAUUUGUCCAUGUACUAUGUUUUAUGUGUUAUAUUUUAAUAUGCUUUUUACAUGUAUAUGGAGCAUAGUGUCUAUGCACAUUGUACAUACUUAACAUGUACCUGAUUGUUAAGUGAAGCGACAGAGAGUUCACUGGGAAAACAUUGAUGUUGACAGGCUGCUGAAGGACCUGUAGCUGUAGACUCCUGUUGGGCAAAUAUCAGUGUUUUAUUUAUUUUUCUUCUUUCCAAAUCUGAGAUAUUUAACAGCAUUUAUUUGCUGAUAAUACACAAAUUUUACUUUUCAUAUUUGUUGUGUAUAAAAAUUUAAAAACAGAUAUUGCCAUGCUAAACAUAUCUCUGUAGGCAUUGUGCAGCUGCAAAGUGAAAAAAGUCCAGCUCUGUCAAUCUCUCAAUCUGUCAGUCCAUUUUUCUGAAGCAGCUCCUUCCAUUGAAAGAUUGCAGAGAGUUAAGUCAUUGGGCAGCAGUCAGUGUGCGCGCACACACACACACACACACACACCCAUAAGGUGAAGGCAUCACAGGCUCCAAGCCAAUGAUGACUGGGCUGGACAUUGAAACCAAGUCUCUAGAGCUUGAAGCAGAUUUACUAAACACGGAGCCAACAGGGGAUGUGUUAAAUAUCUGGGAUCUUUAUUAAAUAUAUGGCCUCCUUCUGGAUUGAAUAGAUGUUUAUAUUUGUUGAAAAAGUCGAUUGUUAAAUGUAAAUUAUCCCAUAUAUUAUUAGGUGAUCAUCAUAUAAAUGUAGUCCUAUUUCUGAUCUCUAUAUAUAGACAGAGACAUGGUACAGUUUGUAUCAUAUUUAAUGAUGCACUACAGUCUAAAUGAUUAAAUUGCCUACUCCGUUGCUCUUCUGCACUGUUAAGUUUUAUUGUUGGAAUAGACUGCAUUUAUUUAAAGUGUGCUGCAUGGCAUCUAGCAAAACGUAUAGAGCAUCAUUUUAUAUGCUUCAAAUGUUUUGUUCAUUGAGACGCUGGUUAUUUUUAGACCACUAGGUGGUGCUGGUGGUGUAGAAGACACAACUUGGUCACCAGAGCCUCUAAAAUGAACUCACUUCAAGAAAUUGCGUAACAGGAGGUUGUUUUUUUUAUUAAGGUAGUACUUUAAAGUACAGAAUUUGAAUUGUAAUCUGAAAAAUUGACAUAUUUCAACAUAAUAUUUUAUUUUGGAUUUUAUAAGACAGUGCAAUGUUAAAUUAUUUGAGUACUUUAUUAUAUUUUAAAGUGUAAUAUGGUGGUUGUGUUUUUAAUUUUAUUAUAUGGUCCAGGAAACAUUUCAUAGAGAAACCUUGAAGGUUUUAUAGGAUACCAUCAAACCAAAGCACACAUUUUCUAUUCAUUAACUUAAUUUUAUUAAGGGUAAUAUAGAAAGUUGUAUACUUUUUCUGAUUUUUUUUUUUUUUUUGUGUGUGUGUGUGUGUGUGUGUGUGUGACAUUGUUGCAGGAAAAGUGCCCUUGAAACCAAGACAUGUGCAGUAGUGUCACUGAACAUGACAGGAGAUCCUACAAUUGCAUGCUGACUAUGUAUUGUAUGUUUGUUAGUAUUUGUUCAAUCCUCUUUUUUUUUUUUUAUCUUAAAAAGCCCUCACAAACCAAUUGAAAUGCUUUCUCUUUCUGUAAAAUGCAAAGUAACACUGAUAUUAAGCACUUCUAUCCUUGUAAAUAUUUGGCAAACAUUUUGCAGAAGUUUAAUGACAAUUUUAACAUUCUUUUCCAUACAGAUUAGCCUGGUGUAUUGCCUUUUGCCCUUGCAUGGAUACGAGUAAUCCUUUCUUUUGAUAUCCUGCCACCGCGCCACCCAUUCAUGAAACAAAGAUAGUUUGGUGUAAUCAGGUAAUUGUGGGGAUACUGGGCAGAGACACUUUCUGAAUGGGCUGGUCAACGUCUGAGCUUUCUGUGUCAGCUGAGUACAGCGUUAUGAAAGCAACAUUUUCCUUGAUCCUUUCUAUAAAUCUUAUAAUGUAUAAUAAAAAUAAUUACAUUCCAAAGAAUGCGACUGUUUAAAAAUGUAACAUUUACAGAUGCUGUGAUGUGUGUUAAAUAGGCGAGGUCUGUUUGUGCUGUGAGAAUGUGAGAAUAUGACCGAAAAUAAUAGUAUGUGAAUGGGGAAGGGAAAGGUGCAUUGAUAUUUCAUGUGUUUGCUGUAUAUAAGAGCCAAAUAUGUAGCAGAUAACGUAUGUUUAUGUAAUCUUCAUUUAUUCUUAUUUACUUAAGUCUAUGAAUAAAAUUUGCUAAAGAGUUUA